AUGAUUGAUGCACGGCUUCGAGAAAGGGUGACGGUAGAUAAACAGCAGUUUGGGUUUAUGCCGAACAGGAGCACUAUAGAUACGAUUUUUGCCUUGCGACAGCUGACUGAAAAAUAUCGGGACGGACAAGAAAAUCUACAGUGUGUGUUCAUCGACCUUGAGAAAACAUAUGACAGAGUGCCAAGGGAAGAACUGUGGGCAUGUAUGAGAGAAGCUAAGAUCACGGAGGGACAUGUAAAAGCAGUUCAGGACAUGUAUAAAGGGUGCCGGACCAAAGUGAGAACACCUUGUGGAGAGACUGAGGAGUACUCCAGGGAUCAGCGCUUAGCCCUUUCCUUUUCCUGGUCAUACUGGUUAACAAAAGACAUUAGGAGAGAGGCUCCGUGGGACAUGCUUUUUGCAGAUGAUGUUGUUAUAUGCACCAAGACAAGGCAGGAGGCGGAACGAAGAUUAGAAUCGUGGAGACAUGCACUCGAAAGAAGGGGCCUGAAAGUAAGCCGGAAGAAAACAGAAUACCUGUGUAUUGAUGGGGGAGAAAAAGAAGAAGGUUCCAUUAGGAUCCAAGGAGAAGUGGUAAAUAGGGUAAAAGAUUUCAAGUAUCUCGAGGCAACAGUGCAGUGGAGUGGAGUGUGA